AGGAUGAAAUCAGCCAAAGAAAGCAUUUUACCGGUUAACGUAGAUAAUCUAAAAAGAUUUUUGUGUAAAGUGGGUGUGGUUGUUGGACUCCUGACCUCUGCAUUCUUCCUCUUUUUAAAAAAAAAAAAAAAAAUCUUGCUGUCUGAAAAACAUGAACUUCCUACACAUGUUUUUGCACAAGUGGAACCAUCUGGAAACACAUCCUCGAGUAAAUAUGAAAUCAUUCUCUGUAGUGAGCCUUUAUUAAAAGCGUCCCACCCACUCACACCUCACCACCACCCCAACAACCAGUGAGCGGUGGGCGGACUGAGAGCUUCCCCUCCACACAGCCCCUGGACCGAGGAGGAUAAUAGAAAUGUUUGAAGGCGUGUUGUUGUAGUUGAGCCUUGCGUGGCCCCUGUGGCAAAGGAAGGACGGUCGCCAUCUCUGGGUAAACACUGUAACCGUAUCACGCAGUUGAUAUUGUAGCGUGCGUGUGCGUGUGUGUGGACCGGAGCCGGAGCAGCGUACAGUAGCAGCGGCGGCGGCGGCAGCAGCAGCAGCAGGCGGGGUGACUGACUGACUGACUGACUGCUAUGCUGCCUGCAACAGCCACAGCGGACACACACGACUCGAACGCAGGACCGACGCUUUGUUUAGUCUCUUCGUCGGACUGUCACCUCAGAUGUUGCGGCCGCGCCUCCUCCUUCUCCUCCUCCUGCUGCUCCUCGCUGACAUCUCGCCUGUGCUCGUGAAGCGGAUCGGGACUGCGUGCUCCGAGGAGAAAAAUGGGAUUUUAAUGGUGCACACGGAGGACGCUGCUCUGUAGCCCCGUGCACAGCCGCGCGGCGGCUGGGGGGGGUGAAGGACUGACUGACUGUUGUAGUGCGCUUUGGUAAUGUUUUCCAGGGGAUAAAGAAAAAACAAACAAACAAACAAAACAACAAAAGAAAACGGUGCAGCCGAAGGUGCAUUAACAUCUCGUUUCCAUGGACAACACGUCCAUAAUAACACAGGUUGCAAAUCCGAAAGAGGAGGAGAGCAUUUCUUCAAGUCAAGAUAAAGUCUCCCAGUCCAACAGCAGUCUAAAGAAGCACCGGAGCCGGAGCAUUUUCAGCCCCUUCUUCUGCUGCUUCCGCAACUACAAUGACUACCACGUGGAGACGCCACCUGCCAACAACAAGACACUUUCUCUGCCCCCGCCGCCAGAGGAGAAUGGCAGUCCUCCCAAGUGUGACCAGGUCCAGGUCAUCCCCAUCCCCAGUCCACCAGCCAAGUUCCUCCUGCCCGAGGUCAGCAUAGCAGACUACGGCAAGAACUGCGUGGUGAUCGACCUGGACGAAACCCUCGUGCACAGCUCCUUCAAGCCCAUCAGCAAUGCAGACUUCAUUGUUCCAGUGGAGAUUGAUGGGACUGUUCAUCAGGUGUACGUGCUGAAGAGGCCUCACGUAGACGAGUUCCUCCAGAAGAUGGGGGAGCUCUUCGAAUGCGUCCUCUUCACAGCGAGCUUAGCCAAGUAUGCUGACCCUGUGGCAGACCUGCUGGACCAGUGGGGGGUGUUCCGUACCCGGCUCUUCAGGGAAUCAUGUGUUUUCCACAGAGGAAACUACGUCAAAGACCUCAGCCGGCUGGGCCGAGAGCUCAGUAAAGUCAUCAUCAUAGACAACUCACCUGCCUCCUACAUCUUCCACCCUGAGAAUGCAGUCCCGGUGCAGUCCUGGUUUGAUGACAUGACUGACACGGAGCUGCUGGACCUGAUUCCUCUGUUCGAGGGCAUCAGUAAGGAGGACGACGUUUACAGUCUGUUACAGAGCCUGAGGAACAGGUAGCAGGCGGCGGUCUUCAGCUGGCUCCUCCCGUCUCGGCGCCGCUGCACAGAGGCCUCACCUCGCCGCAGCUCCCCGUCCUCCAACCGGCGCUGGAAGUCCCAGCGUGGCUCCCAUAGAGAGGACUUCAGGCAGUCAUCCCGGACAUAAUCACAUCUAGAGACAACAACUGUAUGGAUUCUCUGUAUUCUUGGACUCUUUGUACAGGACUCCUACUGACAAAUGAUUAUAUUACUGUAUGUACAUACUAUAUGUUUCUAAGAGCAAGACAUACAUAAAGUAAUUUUUCUAUCAGAGAGAGGAGGUUUUACUAUUCUAUCAAGUAAUAUUUUAGUUACCAAAAAUAAUCAAAAUAGACAGAACGAAGAGUUAUUUUUUGUUUCUUUUUCGAGAGAUGAGUGCCCUUUUGUUCUUUCUUUCUUUUUCUUUUGUGUUGAGCUGUGCUAUGCAGGCUGUUGUUUCUCGUCUGACCUUUUUUCGUUCAAACAACUGUGAUUUAUCUUUCUCUUACAGAAUGAAGUGCCUUCAUUACUGUGCAGAUUUUGUUGUGUCGGGUUUAUGGGGUGCACAUUUUUAUGCUGCAUAUUUACUCAAAUCUCCCCCCCCCCCCCCAAAAAAAAAAAAAAAAAAAGGAAAAUAAGCGUAUCAACUAAAUCCUUAAAUCUGAAGUUGGAAAUGAGUCUUUGGUAAUUGUUGUUUAAUCUGAGAAAAAAACAAAAUAAUGAUUUCUAGAAAAUGUAUCCAGCUAGAAUAAUAGAAUGAUUCUUUACUUUUGAUUUGAGUAACAUUGAAUUGUUCAAAGAUUUUUACAAUUCAAUGUAAUUUGUGGCUGAAUGACAACAUUUGGUCCUUGACUGUAAAUUGAUAAUCCUUGAUAAGACGUUGAAACCCCACUUUAUUAUUGAGAAGAAAAAAAAAAAAAAGAAGAACAAGAAGAAACUGUUGUGAUGACAUCACCGUCCACCAAUAAAUGUUAAACUUUUGAGUAAAAUAUAUCAAUUAGCUUAGAGUACAUGAAAUUCUAUUUAUUGGGGAAAAGGGGUUUGGGUGCAUUGUAAAGACUGCUGUUGAAAUCGUACUGUACAACAUUAUUAAAGUUGCAGGUUUGCACACUGUCA